AUGCGGUUUUCGUCAGUACUGCGAGUCAUCAUAAGAGGUCCUAACGGUCAACCUUUCUGGAGAGAAGUGAGCGAUUUGAGGCUUCCCAAAGGAGGAAAGACUAAAGGUGAUACUGCCGAAACGUCGGCCACGGUUGUGUUGUAUGUGUAUUAUUGUAUGGAAGUAAACGUAUGCUGUUUGACAACCUUGCAAUUGCUGUGA